UUGCGGACGCAGGCACAGCAGUGCACAGAAGUGCACAGAAGAGAGACUUUUUUCUCAUAGAGUUCAGAGAACCUGAUGUGACGACUAGACAACGGACAGUAUACUUUGACAGGUGCUUUGGUUUUUUUGUUUUGUUUAGUGUAUUUCACUCAAGUAGGGUGGCACAGAUUAGUUAUGAUGGGAGGGCACCCAGGCAAUCUAAUUUUGUAUCACCGAUGGAUGUUCGUUUUCACCUUUCUGUCCCUGCAUCUCUGGCCAGUUCUUGCCGCGGGAAGGACCAUUAAAUAUCAAACAUACGAAGAGGAUGCUCCAGCUACCGUAAUCGGAAACCUGGCCAAGGACAUGUCCUUAAAUCCUUCUUUGAGCUCUAAGACCAAUUUCAGAAUGAUGAAACAGUUCAAUGCUUCUUUUGUUAGACUGAGAGAAAGCGACGGGCAGCUCACCAUCGGGGAGAGAAUUGACAGGGAGAAAAUUUGCAAGCAUAUUGCUCAGUGUCUCAUUGCAUUUGAUGUUGUGAGUUUCUCCAAAGAACAAUUCAAACUGAUACACGUUGAAGUGGAGGUGAAGGACAUCAACGACAAUUCCCCCGAGUUUCCAAGAAUGGAAUCUAUACUGGAAAUUUCUGAAAACACAGCGCUGGGUACCAGAAUACCGCUGGAUGUGGCUGUGGAUGAAGAUGUGAGCACGAACUAUAUUCAAAGCUACCAAAUCUCAGUCAACAGCCACUUUACCAUUGAUGUGUUGAACAGAGCGGAUGGGGUUAAAUAUGCGGAGCUAGUGCUAAUGAAGGAACUGGACAGGGAGACACAGGCGUCCUACGUUCUCGAACUCGUCGCAACCGACGGAGGAAACCCGCCCAGGUCCGGCAGCACGAAGAUUAAUGUCAAGGUGAAAGAUUACAAUGACAACAGCCCUGUUUUCGACCGGAACAAUUUCUCUGUUGAAAUACCAGAGGACGCACCGGUGGGAUUUCUGCUACUGGACUUAAACGCGGUUGAUCCGGACGAGGGUUUGAAUGGGGAAGUUGUAUAUGGGUUCGGUAAUCAAGUGUCGUCCGAGAUCCGCCAACUUUUCAAAGUGGACCGUAAAUCCGGUCGGCUGACGCUGGAGAGUCAGAUUGAUUUUGAAAGCAAAACAACGUACGAAUUUGAUGUCCAAGCGUCAGACUUAGGUCCUAAUCCAAGUCCACCUACAAUAUGUAAAAUUGUUGUUCAAGUACAGGACGUUAACGACAAUGCGCCAAAAAUCACAGUUACCCCAAUGACCUCCAUAACCGCGGGAAUCGCGCACAUCACAGAGGCGGCUGCUAAGGACAGUUUUGUAGCGCUGAUCAGCACCGCGGACAAGGACUCUGGCGCGAAUGGGCAGGUCCACUGUACCUUGUAUGGACACGAUCAUUUUAAACUCCAACAAGCUUAUGAAGACAGCUAUAUGAUUGUAACAACAGCUCCCCUCGACAGAGAAAAAAUUCCAGAGUAUAACCUGACCGUGGUAGCUGAAGACCUUGGAUCUCCCCCGUUCAGAACAAUUAAACAGUAUACCAUUAGGCUGAGCGAUGAAAACGACAACGCCCCGGUAUUUAGUAAACCUAUUUAUGAAGUUUCAGUAGUGGAAAAUAACGCACCAGGUGCUUAUAUCACCACAGUGGUGGCCAGAGACCAAGACCUAGGUCAAAACAGCAAAGUCAGCUAUAAACUCUCAGACACCUAUGUUAUGGGCUCGCCGGCAUCAACAUUUGUAUCACUAGACCCCGCCACUGGUUCGAUCUAUGCGCUUCGGAGUUUCAAUUACGAAGUUCUGAAACAGCUUGAACUGCGAAUUCAAGCAAGCGACGGGGGGUCACCGCAACUCCACGGUAGCGCAGCGAUCAAUAUAAAGAUAGCUGAUCAGAAUGACAACGCUCCCUCUAUCACACAACCCGUGCUCAACAAUGGAACUGCAGACAUUCUCCUGCCAAAAGAUGCUGCCUCGGGUUAUGUUAUAACCCAGAUCAACGCGCGGGAUGCUGACGAGGGCGUCAAUGCAGAAAUGUCCUACAAAAUUACUACCGGAGAAGCCUCCGUGUUCUCCAUCAACAGAGCGACCGGUGAGAUCUAUCUGACCCGCGAGCUAAACUACGAAGUCGACGAAAGCUUGAAAGUCACAGUAACCGUGAGUGACAACGGGAGACCGUCGCUAACUUCAACAGCCACAAUCCGCUUCACCAUCAUCGCAGGAGCUCCCCCAAGUGACCGCAACAUAUUCCGACACAGCAACGACGACGAGCCCCACGAAUGGGACCUAUCCAUUGUCAUAAUUGUCGUUUUGGCGGGGAGCUGCACACUAUUGCUUUUAGCCAUUAUUGUAAUAGCAACAACCUGCAACAAACGUAAGGUGAACAAGCGUCGCGACAGCUUUCAUCCAGAAAAGGAAGAUGGUGUAAAUCUGGACGUGGGAAAGAACAACAGCGACCCACUGCUACCAAUUCAAAACGACGGGGUGUUCGACGCCCAUCCGUACUCUAACAAGCCUAGUUUCACUGGAUCUGUACAGGCAGGCAGUGACAUAUGCGGCAGUUCAGAGGACGGCACUGAAGUAUGUGUAUAUGAAUCAGAAAACCAAAGCCGCGGAACACAACUGGAGGGAUACUCGACCCUGCCUGGCUACGGCAAAGAGGUUGUGAGACCCAUUACAAUAUGGAAAGGCAACUCAUACACUACCAUUUCGGCACGAGAUCCUCAAUUCAGUGGCAAAGAUAGCGGCAAAGGAGACAGCGACUUCAAUGACAGUGAUUCAGACAUAAGUGGUGAUGGGCUGAAAAAAGACGGACAACAAACCAACGCUCAAAACAGUCUGUGGGCAUGUACGAGCGAGUGCAAGAUCCUUGGCCAUUCUGACCGCUGCUGGAGUCCAACUGCCACCAGGGCAAACAGCAACUCUGCACAUGGACAGCACCUGUCCUCUUUUGCUAAGACUGGCUCACUUCCAAGGGACACUCUUAGAAGGGAAAAUUAUUACCAAGCCCACAUCCCAAAAACAAUGGGUCUGCAGAGCGUCUACGAGAAAGUACUUCACAGAGAAUAUGACUAUGUGUUAGUCCCCCCACCUCAGCCGAUGAGGGUACGAGAAAUAAACGAUGUCACAAUUCCAGUGUAUUCGCCUAAAACAACGAGUUCUCCCACGAACGAAGUAUGAGGGCCAACCAGAGAGCUCCAGAAAAUAAGACUGCAAACUUUAAUACCACUCGUUACGGCAGCUGUUGCGUCCCAACAGUGCACAAAAAUCAUUAUUUGUGUAUUUAAAAAUCUCUUUCAGUCAGUGUUAGUCUUACACUUUUAAGCAAUCAGAUGAUCUUGUUGGAUAUUAUAUGUAUAUUAUGCAAGUGUUUUGUAAAUACAGAGUAUAUUUUUAUAUUGUUAUUCAUAAGUAAAACAAAGGAUAUUUGAGAUUAUAUACUUUAUUUUAAAGCAUGUCCAUUAUUUAAAAUGACCCUACACCUUUCAGGUCACAAACCAUAUCAAGCUGAUAAAUGUGUAAACAUUUAGCCGGAAUGCAAGAUGUAACAUUUUUGAUCGAUUUCUUUCAUCAUGCUAUACAAAGAAUAAACACUGAAAAUCUUUUUUUUUUUUUGCGUGAAGAUCACUGCUAAUUUUUAAAGUCAUAUUCUAGGACAGAGGAUGGCGCUGUUUGCAAGAUUUGAGGCUAAGUAAAUGUCAAUGUAUGCAGGAGCUGAAAUAAACAACCUAAAACAGA